AUGGCCGACCACACCUUCCACCCGCGGGAUGCCCUUGCCAACACGCUGAGCACCACGCUGCAGACAACCGCCGUGGGUGCUGUCGUUGCCGGAGUCCGGAACACUCUUCGCAAGCAGAAUGUGGGCGCCAUGGGCAUCCUCACCCGCUCCGGCGGCAUAAUCGCCCUAUACGCCGGCGUGGGAGCCACAUACCAAUUCACUCUGGACGCGACCAGCAACCUGCGCCGAAGCGACGACUGCUACAGCGAGGCCGUCGCCGGAUUUGCUGCCGGCUGCGCUGUCGGUGUGGCCAGACGAAGCCUUCCCUUCAUGCUCGGUGCCGGAGCUUGCUUCUCCACCGCCCUCACCGCGUACCGAUACACCAUGGGUCUCCGAGGCGUUGGCGACAUCAGAGAGCAGGUCGACGACGACGGCGAGGUCGAGCGCAGGGAAGAGCUCAAGAAGCUGCGCAGGCGGCCACUGUCCGAGACACUGCAGCAACUGGGCGAGGGACGAGGAAUCUACGGCCCCGGCUACGAAGAGAGGAGACGGCAGCGAUUGCUGGAGAAGUACGGAAUUGACGUCAAGGCAGCGCAGGAGUCGGCUUAG